CCGGCGGCGGUCCUAGAUCUAGGGGGCGCAGCGGCAAGGAGUUGUCCUUCUAAGCGAGAGUUGUAUUUCGCAUCUGCACGUGUUCGCCACCGCCUUCGCUGCCAAAAUGUUCCAGCUGCUGCGCGGCGUGCCCCGAGUUCUGGGUACUGCCGUCGCUGGUCUCCGCGCCGCCGCGCCCUCCCUGCCGCUGCUGCAGCCCGCGUCCCGGCCAUGCGCCCGACCCUUCGGGCUGCUCAGCGUGCGCGCGGGAUCGGUGCAGCUGCCCGGCCUUCUGAAGCCUCGGGGGCCCUGCGCUUGCGGCUGCGGCUGUAGCGGACUGCACACCGAAGGAGACAAAGCUUUCGUUGACUUCCUCAGCGAUGAGAUCAAGGAGGAAAAGAAGAUACAGAAAUAUAAGUCUCUCCCCAAAAUGUCAGGAGGUUGGGAACUGGAAGUGAAUGGGACGGAAGCCAAAUUAGUGAGGAAAGUUGCUGGAGAAAAGAUCACUGUCACUUUCAACAUUAACAAUAGCAUCCCACCAGCUUUUGGUGGUGAGGAGGAGGAACCCUCCCAAGGGCAGAAGGCUGAGGAGCAGGAGCCUGAAUUGACAUCCACUCCCAAUUUCGUGGUCGAAGUUACAAAGGAUGGCAGCAGCAAGGCCCUUGUGCUGGACUGUCACUAUCCAGAAGAUGAGAUUGGACAAGAGGAUGACCAGAGUGACAUUUUCUCCAUCAAGGAAGUGAGUUUUCAGGCCACCGGCGAGUCUGACUGGAAGGACACAAAUUACACACUCAACACAGAUUCCCUGGAUUGGGGUUUAUACGACCACCUAAUGGAUUUCCUUGCGGACCGAGGGGUGGACAACACUUUUGCCGAUGAAUUGGUGGAGCUCAGCACAGCCCUAGAGCACCAGGAGUAUAUUUCUUUCCUCGAAGACCUCAAAGGUUUUGUCAAAAGCCAGUAGAGCAGGCAACAAGGUGCUGAACACCUUUAAUUUUAGGGCAGGCUUUGGCCAGUGAACAAAACCUAACUCUGAAGUCAGACCCACAUGCUUUGAAAUGGUUUUUGGUUUUUUUUUAAAUCCCAAUAUCAUGGAAAAUAAUUCACUUUUAACUUAUUUCUGUUGUCUCUUAUUUACCAUUCAUUUAUCCUCUACAAACCCAUUAUUUCUGGAUUUUUGUAUAACAUAAUGAUGGACAAUAAAAUCUCCAAGGUGA